CCUCGGUUCGAAGGGAUCUUCGCUUUGCAGGGAUCCAGGCUGCGGCGACAGAAGGGAUCCUCCGUCUUUGGACCCCAAAUUUACCUAUACCGCGGCGGGGCCGGAUUCUCUUUCUCCCGCGCUGCCCAGACCGCGCAUUUUGCGCUCAAGGAGGCGCACCCAUGGCCGCCGCCGGGGACCCCUCCAUAACUCUCCAGGACGAAGCGACUUGCUCCAUCUGCUUGGAUUACUUCCGCGACCCGGUGAUGAUCAUCGACUGCGGGCACAGCUUUUGCCGAGCCUGCAUCACCCAGUGCUCGGAGGGGCCGGGCCGCGACCUCUCCUCUUGCCCCCAGUGCAGGAUAGCUUUCCCCCGGGGCGACCUCCGGCCCAACAGGCACUUGGCGAAUAUGGCCGAAGCGAUCAAGCGCCUCCGCCUGCAGCGCCUGAGCCUGGCCGAAGGGGAGCCCAAGAAGGAAGCGCCAAAGUUGUGCGGGAAGCACUACGAAGCCCUCCGGCUCUUCUGCCAAGAGGACCGCGCCUUCAUCUGCCUGGUCUGCAGGGAAUCCCGGGCGCACAAAGCGCACGUCGCCCUCCCCAUCGACGAGGCUGCCCAGGAUGCUAAGGAUCAGCUCCAAACUUGCCUAAGAACCUUGAAGAAGGAGAGAGAUGAAAUUUUGAAGGAGGACUGGUGCAGUGAGAGAACAAUUCAGAAGAUGAAGGAUGAGCUCCAAAGUUGCCUAACAAUCUUGAAGAAGCAUAGAGAUGGAAUUAUGAAGCAGAAAACAGUUCAGAAAUCGAAGAAAGGUGCGGAAAACACCAGGAAUCAAAUUGCGAGAAACCAGGAACUUCUAGAUGGAGUUGAAGAGAUUAAGAAGUCAAUUGACAAAACAGCCAGGGAAUUCUCAAAGCGCAGUUCUCAUCUCGCCAAGCUGAUUAAAGAGAUAGAGGAGAAGUGUCUGCUGUCUGCCUUUGAACUCCUGCAGGAUAUGGAUCCCUUGCUGAGCCGGUGCAACAUAGAAAUAUCUGGGAAACCCAAAGCUGAUCUGAAUGAGAAAGUUGAGUUGUUUAAUGAAAAACUACAGCUGGUGAAGACCAAGUUGCGUGAGGUUUCAGACCGUUAUCAUUCCAACACAGUGAAAUCAAAAUGGAUAAAAGAAAAUGUGGUGUUGGAUCCGGAUACAGCCCAUCCCAGAUGUAUUGUGUCUUCUGAUGGAAAAUCAGUACGGUGGGGAAAGGUCCGUCAGGACUACCCCUACAGUCCAAAUAGGUUUGAAUAUGCUCGCUGUGUACUAGGAAUGCAAGGAUUCAGCUCCGGGAAGCAUUAUUGGACGGUGGAUGUUGAGGAUGUUGACCAUUGGGCUGUGGGUGUAGCCAAAGAGUCUGUGGAGAGGGAUAGAGAAAUUGAUUUUGAACCUGAAGAAGGGAUCUGGGCAGUGGGGUUUAGCAAUGGUCAGUUGAAAGCUCUGACUUCACCUCCUACCCCUUUGGAACCAGAAGAGGAUCCAAGAGAGAUCCAAGUUUCUUUGAACUAUGAAGCAGGGACUGUGGCUUUUUAUGAUGCUGAAGAUAAGACCCGCCUCUUUAUUUUCCGCUCAAUUGAUUUUGAAGGGGAGGAAGUUUUUCCCUUUUUCCGGAUCGUCAAUUCGUCAACUUGCCUCCAGCUGGGCUCUUAAAGCACGAGGUCCUUGGCCUGUGCUUUGCCUUUCCUGUGUGCUCAGACGUUGCUGCCGAAAAUCGGCUAAUAUCCAUUCUAUGCACAUUGUCUUUGGAAGUCUGCACAGAAGAGCUUUCCGAAAUGUGUAGCGGCACAUUAGUGUGUCAGCUGCAGUGUGCAGGUGUGUCGUGCCAACGCUCCCCGUGCUCCUCCCGGGGCUGGGAAGCGGUUUAACCUUUGCUUUGCUAGUAAAACUGAAUUACUGUGUCGUGAAAUGAUGCAUCUCUAAAAGCAUGUCACCAACAUGGAUAUUCUGGAAAGCUCUGCUGUACAGGCUGCAGUUUCUAUCCCAUGCUCCAGUCCCUGCUUCCCCCUUCAGCAUAAGACAAAGGUGUUUUGGUUUGACUGUGCAGAUGACUACUUUAUAAUUCAGUACAGCAAAGGAGCACUAUAAUAUUGCAAACAAUGUUUCUUUAAUUUUGCACCCUCUUGGUGGUGCCAAUGCGGAAUUUCCUCGCAAUGCAAGUAGCAGCUUCAGAGGGAUUUUCCUCGGGACCAAAGCAAAGGAGGAAAGGGUUAAAUCUUCCACCGCAUUUUUUUGAUUCUCAUAAUCAUCAGCUUCUUCCCUCACAGCAUUUUGCCAUUUUAAAAACCUGCAUGCUAAAUACAAGGCCAUAUUUUGUCUUGUUUUGACCGUUAGUUUAUAUUAACUAUACUGAUUAUUAGCAUGUAAC